AUGAUACAAACUAAAAGUUCAUGGACUCCAUUAGUGAAUAAAGAUGCAAAUAAAACACUUUUUGAGGAACGAAAAAACCUUAUUUUAGCUUGGUUUGCCAAAUGGUCAGAAAGUCAACGAAAGGAGUUAAUGACAAAACUUUUAGAGUUAUGUACGCAAAAGCAACUUGAAUCACUUUUUCACAACAUAGAGGAUAAAAUUCCUUUAUAUCAAUUAGAUUUUACCAGAAUACUACCAAGAGUUCUAUGCAUUUAUUUGUUUUCUUUUCUGGAUCCCAGAAGUCUCUGUCGCUGUGCACAGGUAUCAUGGUAUUGGAGAUAUCUAACUGAAUCAAAUGAAUUAUGGGCAUCAAAGUGUUUAAGAUAUGGAUGGGAUUUAAUUGCUUCACAUAGUCAAUGGGAACCUGGAAUUUGGAAGAAGCAUUAUAUUCAAAAUAUACGUUAUCUUCAGUUUCAUAAUUCAGAGAAGUCCGUCAAUAAAGAAAAUGGAGAUCCAAGACAAAGAUUUUCUGAAAAAUUAUUCAAUAAACGAUCUCAUACAUUAAAUUUUAUAAAUAAUUAUCAUCAUCAUCAUCAAGAUGAUUAUGAUAAGAACAAUAUUGAUACUACUACUAAUAAUACUACUAACAAUAAUAAUGAUAGUAAUAAUCAAUAUUUAAUCAAUAAUAAUAAUCAAUUAAUCAAUAAAAUCAUUCAAUUGACUAAUAAUGAUACAUAUAAAUCAAUACCAUGGCGUGCACCAAGUCGUAAACCAUCGGAUACACAUCGUUUUAAUUAUUUUGAUAAUAAUGAAACAAUGAAAUUAAAACCUUCUAAAAAUGAUAUGAAAUAUAGGCUGAGUAAUAGUGCUGGGUCAAUACGAAAGAAGAAUUCUCUAUCUUCAUCAUUAUCAUCAUCAUCAUCCCAAACUGAUGAUAUUCACAAUAAUGAUGUCAAUGGUAUCAAUAUACAUGAUCUAUUUAAGCAUAAAACAAUACAUAAAUCAACAUAUCCUAAUUUAUCAGCGUUCACAAAUCAUCAUCAUUCGAUCACAAUACCUUGGAAACCUACAUCCAUUUAUCCUUCUAGAUCAUAUCCAGAUCAUAAUACAGAUAAAAUACAACAACUACAAUACACCAUGAUUAAAAAAGAUUCUAAUCCUGAUUCUCAUUUAAAAAAUAAUUCAAAAUUCAAUAAAAUUGAAAAUAAUAAAUCGUCAAUUCAUAAACUACAAUUGAAUGGAUCCAAUAAACAACUGGAUUAUGAAAUUAAUAUGAUCAAUUGAUCAGAUGUAUGUGUUUUCUUUUCUUUUCUGGUUACUUAGUUUGUUUUAAAAGUGUUGGGGUGAUCUUGAAAAUUUCUGGCAAUAGAUAUGACAAGCUCAGGAAACAUUAAGAAGCAUUUUAUUCAAUCAGCGUUUGAUUAGAAAUUUUGCUGGAAACAUGACGAGUGAGAAUAGUUACUUGUAAAGUUUCUAAUUGGCUGAUUAAUACACUGCUACUAUGUUUAGUAUCACUCUAGAAUUUUCAGGAAAACCCAAGAACUAUAAAAACUCUAUAUUUUCUGUACAUAAAUGAACCUUUGGAGUAAAGUGUUUCUCGUAUAUUUUGUGCCUUUUCUCUGGCGUUAAAGUCUGUGUAGUUCUAGCUUGAAGGUUAAGAGACUAGUUUAGUAUCCGAAUAUAGCGUCCAACUAGCAAGACUUAUCAGUACUUACUUCCUGCAGGAUCAUGUUGGGACAAUGUCCAAGUAUGCUUAGGAUUCUUUUCGGAUGUCACUAUGCUCGGAUGAACGCAGGCUACAGACAAAUACUAGGCAUUUGAACUGGUCUUCAGUCAUGGAAGACAAAUUGAUCCUCUCACAUUCUCCGUUCACAAUUCCUGCAUGUUUUACUCAAUCAUCUCAUGGUUCUUUCGUUAUCUUCAAGCACUGGUAAUAGAUAUUAAAUAGAGAUGACUGUUCUCCAAAGAUUUGAGACAGGGUUUUAAUUGUUUCAUCAAAACUAAAGUCUCGUGGGUUCUUCGGAAGAAUGAAGUUACCAUAACGUUAAUGUUCUGUCGUCCCAAGUUUUUUUAGAAGUACUCUGACUCCAGUCUGCAGAGAUCAAUACAGAACAAAUCUUCAUACUUCUUAAACCAAGAGUCAAAAGUAAUACCUGUUACACCAUCAAAAUUAAAUUCAUGGAUUGCAUUAAUGGGAUACUUGUAAUUCACCAUAAGUAGAGUUUUGUUGGGACAGGCACAUUUUCUGCAUCAGGGCUUCCAUAAUUCUGAUUUACGACUAUUCAAACCGCUUUUCUUGACGCUCCAUAUAAGCUCCUAGUUGCUCCGUAGAAAUAUUCAUUGUAGUUUCCCAUGUUGCCACUGAUAAGUCUUACUAAUUGAACGCUGUAUUCGGAUCCUAAGCUUAUCUCGUAAGCCUCACACGGGGAUACAAGACUUAUCAAAAAGUAGAGCAAGAUAUUUGGAAUUAGUUGGUAAAAAAAUAAAACAAAAUGGCUUGAUAUAAGUUUCGUUCUUUUUUGAAGGGAUCAACUAAGAAAAAAAUAGCAAGUCGAAUUAUUCUUGGAUCCAGUUAAAACUAUUUUUCCUAAGCUAUUUAAUUUGAUAACAGACAUACCCUCUAGUUUAAAGAUACAUUUUACUAAUGAGUUCUAAAGGUGUGAAACCCACAUCAUGUAAAGCUUCUUGUCGAUUGGUUCAAAAUAUCUGGGAUAUAAGCAAACUCCAUUACAACUAUGUAUUACUUAGCUUUGCAGUAUAGUUUACUCUGCAUUAACUUAGUGAAUAUUCAGAAGUUUGGUAUCGUAGUGGCUGAUAUCUAUUCAUCAAAUUGCCCAUCUUAACAGUGAGAAAAUUUUGGACACAAAACUUUGUAUUCAAACAGCGAGAAGCAUGUUACGCUUGUAUGAUUUUGAAAUAAUCAAGAAUAAUUGUAACAUUGGAUAAGGGUUCCAAUGGUACUUUUUCUCAUCUGAGCUGGAUGAUUUAGUCGUGAUGGCUUUUGCUGUCUCUUUUGAUGGCAUCAUCAACAACAAAUUCAAUAAGAAGUGAAUUAUUAGAACUUCUCCACAACCGACUAACUGCUUGAUCUGUUGACCUAGAAUUAGGUUAAUUGUUGUUUGUAUGCGUGCUUUGAUUUAUUUCACCAAAGAUCUAUACACAUCUAUGGACAAUAACUAACCGAAUUCUAGGUCAACAGAUCAAACAGUUAGUCGGUUGUGGAGAAGUUCUAAUAAUUCAAUUCCUAUUGAAUUUGUUGCAGAUGAUGCUAUCAAGAAAGAUCAUGAAAGCCACCACGAUUACAUGGUCCAGCUUAGUGAAUAAAUACUAUUAAAAUCUUGUAUCUGCACUUCGUUCCUAUCGAUGUACAUUAAAAUACUACAUAUUUAUUCUCAGUUAAACUGUAAAUUACAAUAAACUUUUGACCCCAAUUUACUUAGCUGCGUCACAUUCAGAAUGCAGCGGUCAUCUUAAGUACCCUCGUAAAGUAUGGUGACACGUUAACUGUAUCACAUUUUCAUAGCAUAUAUUUGAGUAGUUUGAAUGGGUUCCUUUGUAUUUUAUUUUAUUUAUUUAAACACAUAAAUA